CCCUAACAAAUGUAUAAACUUUUACGAAAUCAAAUGUGGGAUUUUUGUUGUAAUAAAAGCUGUAGUGUGUAUCUCUUUUAUUACGAAAUCAAAUCAGAGAUAAAAACCCUAAGUUUAGAAACAUUACAAUCAAAGAAAGGGUUUAGGGAUUUUUUUUUCAAUGAAUUGAAAAUCGGAUGCUGAUAAUCAAAUUUCCAAACUCCAUUCAAUUUCAUCAUCUGUUUCAAUUUUGGGACUUCUUUUAUCAAUCAAUCAAUGGAUGGAACUUGUGAGGGGAAUCCUAAUCCUAACUCUCUAACUGAAGAUUUGUUGAUCGAAAUUCUGUUAUGGCUACCUGUAGUAUCCCUUUUACGGUUCAAGGUCGUCUGCAAGUACUGGCGAUCGAUUAUUGAAAGCUCAGAUUUCAUCCAUCGACACGCAACUUUCCGAAGCUCCACAAGUAAGUUGGGUAAUUUCAUCUUUCAAUAUCGUCCUAAACAUAUUGAUUAUAAACCACAUUUUUUCGUGCUAUCGUCAUCGACUAGUGGCGGAGGAGAAGAAGAUUAUGGGCAAUGGAGUUACAAAAACUUGGGAAUGUCACCACAUUUAAGUGAAGAGAAUGAACACGAUAUGUAUGUUACUCAUCCUCCUCAAGCAAAUAUGGUUGGUUCUUGCCAUGGCAUCAUUUGUAUUCAUGAUCCUCAUCCUAGAGACAUAAUCCUUUGGAACCCUGCAACAAAGAAAUUUAGAUGUCUACCUAAAUCAUUACCUCUUCUAGAAGAAUUUGGCGUACUAAAGUCUGAGUUUGUUUUGUUUGGUUUCGAUUGCGAAACGCAUGAUUAUAAGGUGUUACAAAUCAGUUUUUUCAAAAUCGACAACCAAGUGGACAUCACUCCCCGAAACAAGAUUCAGAUAUAUAGCUUGAACUCGGAUUCUUGGAGGUGGUGUAUGGAUGCCAAUUUAUAUGGCCACUCUUACAAAACCAAAUGUGAAAAUCAAGGUCGAUAUCUUAAUGGUAGUUAUUAUUUUUUGGGAAGUAAUUUUAUUAGAAAACAAAGGAUUAGGAUGACGGAUUCUGUACCAUAUUGGUAUGGUGAUCCAGAGGCAGUGGUUCUCUCCUUCAAUUUCAGCAGAGAAAGUUUCAGGAUGAUACCUGGUCCAUGGGAAAACCUUGUUUUAGAUGUCAUAGGAGGUGACCAGGGAAAGAUUGUAUGCAUUAAAGUUGAACAUACCGUUACUAGUGAUGUAUGUGAAAUGUGUGCUUUGAAUGAUUAUGAUUACAAUAAUGGUGCUACAAAUGCGGAUAAUAACGAGUACUCAUGGAGCAAACUACAUACGUUCACCAUAAAUUAUUCUCACAGCGGCUAUGGUACUAAGGCCAUUACGAAAAACGGAGCGUUUGGUUUUCUAUGUGAUAUUGGAGGUGGUCUGGUGUUUAUCAACUUUCUUACAGAGGAAAUAAAGGAUAUUGAAAUUAUUGAUGCCCCUUUGGAAGGUCUAGGCGAUGUGUUUAGAGGCGAUGUUUACAAGGAGAGCUUAGUCUCAAUCGAUUGUGCAGUGCCCAGCAGCAGCAGCAGUUACCUGAAAUGAAAUCGGUUUCCACACCGUUGACAACUUUGGCAUGCAUAUAUGGCGGGGUUUGUCAUCCUGCUGUAGGGUAGCUGCUUAAUAUUAUUAUCUUUAUAUUUGUCCAAGUGAAUGAUUUCCAUUUAGUGUCCAACAACAUAUAUUUUCAAGUAUUAUUUAUGGGAUUCUUGGGGCUCUUAUCAUACUUGGUACCUCUAAACAACAGUUUGUUGAUUUGUCUUAUUUGAUUGCAGUCAUUCAUUUGUACAGUGUUUUCUUGUUGUUGGUGUUAUUCUUUUUUAACCUGAGUAUUGCCAAAUUAGUUAUGAUUUUCAAUGCAAUUGCAAAUCUUUGAUGUUUCCAGCUUCCAUUGGAACCUGAUUGCAGGGAUGGUUGGAAAGUUUCAGAGGCCAAGAUAGAAAGCUAGCUUCAGGACUUCCUGUUGGGAAAGAUUUCCCUGGGAUCUUUUUCUUCUUCUUUGACAUCAAAAAGGUUGCACAAGUCUCUUAUACGAAGAAUGUGUCUGCAACAAGCUGAAGGUGGAGAUAUACAAACUUCUGAGAAGCCAACUUAUUUGUUCAAGGAUACCUCUUACAGCAGGUUGUGUCGGUACUUCCAUUUACGAGCCAGGAGGGAAAGUAUGAGAUAUAGACAGGAAGCCUUUUAAGGUGAAAAUGUGAUGGAAGCAUUAUGAAUGGUGCAUCAAAUCAAGAUUUAUAAUGUGGAUAUGAAGAGAGAAGAAGAAAUCUUGGAAAUAUAAGAUUUGUUUUGUGAGCUUCCGGAGCAGAAAAGAGUAUUUCUGAGAAUUGUAAGUUUCAUGCUUAAGCAUUUGGUGGAACAGGAUGAGUCUCAUGUUGUGGAUGAUGCUGACUUCUGUCGUCUGGAAGAGCUGCCUAAUACAAACACCCCACAGGAAACACGGCUAAAGUACAUGCUCCCUGGUGUUCUGGAUCUCCUGACAAACAAUUGGGUCCAUCCAAGACAUAAGGUGAAUAUAAGACCACUACUUUUUUGGGGGAGGUUUUUUCACGCCUCCGUCUAGGUGCAAGUACUACCACAAAUACGAGAAUCCUGGUGCAGAACUAUUCGGCUCCAUGAGUUAGUUGACAAAGUCUCCCCCAUUUCUGAAAUGAUGUUUAUUCGGAAAAUAGAUGUUGCUGGAUAUAAUAAUGGGGCUUGGAGUUCCUUUUGUCAUCAGCGGCAACAGGUGAUUUGUUCUAAAGAUACCUAUCUACAUGUAAGUUUUCUGUUUAACAUUCGUCUUUUUCAUUAUGGUGAACAGAUUUUAUUCUCUGAUGAUUUUAUAGAAUGUCUACUACCAUGUCUAAGUGCUGAUGGUAUGGUGUACAUUUAUGACUUUUGACAUUCUGCUAGACAUUGUUGUAAUUCUGCUAUACGAAUACAAUAUGCAUUAUGUGGUCUGAUGCCAUUGAGAUUAUUGAUAUCCUUGUCUUUCCCCCCUCCUACAUUUAAUCCUCGCAGUGAUAUCUGUUUUAAAUUUAGAACCCAGUACUUCUAUAUCUGUGUUUUAGAGCUCAGUAAUUAUCGACCCUCGGCUGAAUAAAAGUUCUACGUACUUUUAGUGAUUAUCAUUAGUCUGCACGCCAGGGGUUUUGUAUUUUGGUUCCAUUGCAGGUUGCUGCUUGGCCUAUAGGUCACCACCUCGAAUACAUUAAGCCCCUGGGGGUUCUUAUGCGGCUGUGCCGCUGCAUAAAACAAGUAAAUCAGUAAGGUUUACUCUGAAAACCCCUGUUGUCCGAAAAGGUAAUUUUCUAACGAUUUAUGGAUGCAAAGCUGUGUUUUCGUGUUUUAUUAUUGUAGAUUCAGAAUAUAUAGAUGUUAAUGUUAAAGGGAGAACUGAAAAGACUCGAGGCAUAUUUUUACGGUUAAUAGACUUGUAGAGCCUUCAUUUUCUCUUCUAGAGUGUCAGCUCAUAAUCUCUUUUCGCAUAGGUACAUCUCGGGUCUGUUACUCCUCCUCCUGGUCUCACGAAGGUUGAUAUUCCGUGGAUGUCCACUGUGAGGAAGGGAAAUCUGUCGUACAAAGAAGUUAGAAGCAUAUUGAACAAGCUGACAGUGGAGCAAUACUGUAUUGUGAGAACCCAGCUUAUUGAUUCAGUGAUCACAACCCCGUCCAGGCAUUACGUCUGUGAUAUUCAGCAAACCUGUGACGGUGCCAGCUGUUUGUCCUUUGUAUGCUUUUCUAUGUUGUGAAGUUUCUGUAUAUCCCCAUUAUUUGCGUGAAAGACUAGGCAGAAGAUUAUGACUGGUGCCUCUAACCAAGAUUUGGACCACGGAUAAUCUGAUACGAGGAGAAAAGGAACAUUCUUGGAAAUAUACCAUUCAUUUGUGAGCUUUCAAAGCAGAGAGCGUUUCUGACGAUUGUUCGUUUCAAUGAUAUUGUGGCGAAUGUUGAUGCAGUGUGUUUAUUACUGUACACAGUUGGUAAGCAGUUGGAUGAGUACUCCAGCAAUUCAUGUAUUUCUAGUGAUGUUUACUUGGAUGAUCGUCUGAAACACAUGGUGGCAACACAUCCCCAAAUGGAAACACGGCUUAAGUUCUUGAUCCACAA